GGGGGGUGAGAGAGGGGGAGAGAGAAGAGGAGGGGUGGGGGGAGAAACAAUUUUCUCUGGUUUCUAACUGCAGGCUCUGCCUUGCCGAGGGGCUUCAGCACUGCGCUCCUGUGAAGUGUCCUCUCACCCAGGAGUGUGCAGCCGUGUGUAUGAGUGAGUGUGUGUGUAUGUGAACCAGACGUCUGGAACCAUGUCGGACCCCAGGGACAUCGACGAGGAUGCCAUCCUCAGGGGCCUCAGUGCCGAGGAGCUGGACCAGCUGGAGUAUGAGCUGCAGGAGAUGGACCCUGAGAACGCCAUGCUGCCUGCUGGCAUGCGGCAGCGUGACCAGACGAAGAAGAGCCCAACAGGUCCGUUUGACCGUGAAGCCCUGCAGCAGCACUUGGAGAAGCUGGCCCUGGAGCACCAGGACAGGGAGGACCUGGUGCCCUUCACUGGGGAGAAGAAAGGAAAGGCCUUCGUGGCCAAGAAAGUAGCGGAGAUCCCUCAGCACGAGCAGGUGAUCCUGGAGCCAGAGCUGGAGGAGGCUCUGAAAAACGCCACAGACGCAGAGAUGUGUGAUAUUGCAGCCAUCCUUGGAAUGUACACACUAAUGAGCAACAAGCAGUACUAUGAUGCUCUGGGCACCACAGGCACGAUUGCCAACACAGAGGGCAUCAACAGUGUAGUGAAACCAGAUCCUUUCAAGAUCUUCCCCGAUGAGCCGCCCAAUCCCACCAACGUGGAGGAAACCCUGGAGAGGAUCCACAGCAACGACAGCACCCUGACUGAAGUCAACCUCAACAACAUCAAGGACAUUCCCAUCCCGACGCUGAAAGAGAUCUUCGAGGCGAUGAAGGGAAACUCUCAUGUGGAGUUUCUGAGCAUCGCUGCGACCCGUAGCAAUGACCCUGUGGCCUAUGCUUGUGCUGAGAUGCUGCAGGAGAACACCAGCUUGCAGAGUCUUAAUAUCGAGUCAAACUUCAUCACUGCAGACGGCAUGAUGGCCAUCAUCAAAGCUAUGGCCAACAACGCAACGCUGGUGGAACUCAAGAUUGACAACCAGAGGCAGAAGUUGGGAGACUCAGUUGAGAUGGAGAUCGCCUCCAUGUUGGAGAACAACUCCAGCAUCCUCAAGUUCGGCUACCACUUCACCCAGCAGGGUCCCCGUGCCAGAGCUGCCAUGGCCAUCACGCGAAACAACGACAUGAUUCGCCAGCAGAGAUUAAGAUGAAAGCACCGAGGAGCAGUCAGAAGAACAACUGCUUCAGCCUGCAAACAGCAGCCUCGUGCCAGCUUUCUCAGCGUCACGCACCAAGCGAGGGGUCAUCGUGCAGGGUGAAAACCCACCUAUCAUACAUGUCUAAUCAUUUUCAUUUCAUUUCUCGCAGCCAGUUUUUUUGUAGACUGCUGAAUUCAUCAUAAAGGCAUGUACAGGUCACAAGCAAAACGUGAUGUGUCUUUUUUUAAUGCUUUUAGUUUGUGCAUCGCCGACAUCAUCCCAAACAAAAGGUUAACCCUUUUCAUUCAUGAAAACAUUAAUAAUGUGGUGCUGUCUGUGGGAAGAACUGUAAAUACUUUAAAUAAAAAUAUAUAUAUUCAAGUA